GUGUGUGACCUCCGUUCGGUGUAGACGUUUGCUAGUGAUCGCGCGCGUUCGCAUCCGUACGUUCUUAAUUCGGGUUCUUGAAGGGUGCCUUCUUGCGGCCUACACGUGAUUAUCCUCUCAGAAGCUUAAUCGUUCGUGGUCUCUUGUUUGCCGUUGAAGUCAAUAGUGUGAGCGAUUAUCUCUGCUCGGUAGUGUUAGUGGGUGACAUUUCCCCCCUUGGAAGCGUGAUCGCGUCGUCGUCGUUCACAGCUCUGGGGGCUGUGCGGGUCGAGUUCUUGGAUCUCUAGGAAUUCGCGCAGAGGGUGGCCCAGUUCUACUCGAACUCAACAACAAGCGGGCAUCAAGGCGAACCAGGAAGACGUUUGGAGCGGGUGGAUCGCGAUCGCGAUCGCGCUGGAACCAGUUUCUCCGCGGCUACGUGCGCGGAGACUUGAACAGGCGGCUACGACGACGAACCUGAUGGUUGGAAGAAAAGUCCACCGCCGCUGCACAAUUCGAAAAUAAAAUAGAAAGGAGUAAAAGUGUCCCACAGAAGGCGGCCAAGACGCGAUCGAGUGCUGCGGAGCCGUGUGUAUGUGCUAAACGGAUAAGUAAAUACGAUCGAGUUUGUGCAAUUUACGUGGCCCGUUGACAACUGUCGCCAGUAGUGUGGAGGUGAGCUUAGAUUCAGGAAGCUGAUAAUUGGGGCAAAAUCAAAUUAAAAGUUUUUCGAAAGUGAUAAUCAAGUGCCUGCGGAGUGUGCGAACGAUCGUGUUCGAUCUCUUUCUCGGAGAGUCAGUGUAGUGGUCCGUAAUUGUGAAACACACGAGUGACAGUGAAGUUCCCCUUCACUUGCCGUGGUCUCGACCGAUCCGAAUGUGUUGUUGUUUCUUCUAAUCUAGCACCGACCCAGUUCGUCGUCGGCAAGUGCACCUUUUUCGGUGGAUCAGGUUUCAAGCGAGUCGAGUCGAGUUGUUGGUUGCUUGUUUGCGAUCUACGCGGAGUUUCGUACGACGGUGACAACUACCGACAGCCGGAAAGAAAAGAGAUGAUGAGAGAUCAUCAUCUGGAGCACUUGGAAAGGCGACGCCGCCGUAGAAGGAACCACCGUGAUGAUGGUGGUGGUGGUGGUGGUGGUGGUGGUGGUGGAGGACGAGAAGGAGGCGAAGGCGGAUCAGCUGCACAACAACACGAACCGCCACAAACUCGUCGACGACGCCGGUGCUGGAAUUUGUCCAGCAACGUUUUGGCGGUGACGGUUGUGGUGGCUGCUGCGACGAUCGUGAGCAACUGGGCCGGUGUGAAUUGUCAAGUAUGCGGACCUCCAGCGAUACCGGCGAACGCCCGGGUUCAGACACAGCCGGCCGAUGGCGGAGGUCCCGGUUUCCGGUCGGCCAAGUACGAGUGCGACUCCGGCUACGAACUGUUCGGCCAGGAAACGAUCCGGUGCGACCCGGUCAAGGGCUGGGACCGGGAGUUGCCGUUUUGCGGAACCAACGUGGCGUACCGAAAGCCAGUGAAUCAAUCGUCUGCAACGCGUUCCGGCCCGGCGGGAUUUGCCAACGACGGCAAGCCGGGCAAUCAGAACCCCGAUGGGCAGGAGUGCUCGGAAACGCAGAAGGAGGCAUCGCCCUGGUGGCGGGUGGAUUUGCUCACACCGGAAGCGGUUCGAGUGGUGAGGAUUACCACGAGGGGGUGCUGUGGACAUCAACCGCUUCAGGAUUUGGAAAUCCGUGUCGGUAACAGUAGUACCGAUCUGCAGAGGAAUCCCCUGUGUGCGUGGUACCCGGGGACGAUGGACGAAGGGACGACGAAGAGUUUCACCUGCGCAAGGCCGUUGAUCGGGCAGUACGUUACGGUCCAGCUGGUCGGAGUGGAGAGCAGUCUGAGUUUGUGCGAGGUGGAAGUGUUCUCCAAUGAUGAGUUUUCGCCGGAUCGAUGCGCGGCGCCGAAUCUGAAUGCCGAUACGAUUCUGACGACGUUUGCCAAGACUUGCUACGAGUUUCACAUCACAAGAGGAGAGAGUUUCGAUAAGGCGCGGCAAGUUUGUCAGAAGCAUGGAGGUGACCUCAUCCACGACAUGCGCGGAGCCACCACCGAUUACAUCAUUUCCGAACUGGAGCGGCGCAAGUCCGAUCUGAGGACGCAACUGGUGUGGAUCGGAGCACAGAAAGAGCCCGGGAUUACGUCUCGCACCUGGAAAUGGGUGAACGGAGAUACGGUGCUGAAGCCGACCUGGGGCAAAGAUCAACCGAACAACUACAACGGCGAGCAGAACUGUGUCGUGCUGGAUGGGGGCCGCAGCUGGCUGUGGAACGACGUCGGCUGCAAUCUGGACUAUCUGAACUUUAUCUGCCAGCAUCGGCCGCUGAGCUGCGGAUCGCCGGAAGCGCUGGUCAAUACCACCAUCGUGGGGAAAAACUUUACCAUCGGGUCGGCCAUCAGCUAUCGGUGUCCGGUGGGGCACUCGCUGAUCGGGGACGCCAAGCGGCUGUGCCAGGAAUCGGGCGUUUGGAGCGGACGGCCACCGACCUGUAAAUACGUCGAUUGCGGACCGUUACCACCGAUCGAUCACGGCGGCAUCAUCCUGUCGGAGCAACGCACCAGCUUCGGCGUCAAAGCCACCUACACGUGCCACGAAAACUACACUCUAAUAGGAAACGAGAACCGUACCUGCGGCAUCGAGGGUUGGUCCGGAGCGGAUCCGAAAUGUUUGGUCGACUGGUGUCCGGAACCGCCCCCAAUCACGGGCGGAUCCAUCAAGGUUUCGGGACGGAGGGCUGGAUCUACGGCGGUGUAUGCGUGCGACUAUGGGUUUGUCCUUAUUGGAGAACCAGUGUUGUCGUGCGGUCUGGGGGGAAACUGGACAGGUAAGACGCCGGUUUGUAGGUUCGUUGAUUGUGGAAUGCCUGCUCGGCCGGAUCGAGGUAAUAUGCUGCUGGUCAAUGAUUCGACGACCGUGGGGUCCAUGGUGCGGUACUUCUGCGACGAUGACUACUGGCUGGUGGGACCACAGGAACUGUUCUGCACCAAGGAUGGCAAGUGGUCCGGAAGUGCUCCCGCUUGUGAACUGAUCACCUGUGAAACGCCCCACGUCCCACCCGGAUCCUACGUGGUCGGUUACGACUACAACAUCCACUCGUCCAUCCAGUACCACUGCGAUCCGGGUCACAUUCUGCGCGGUGAGGACACCCUUACUUGCCUUGAAUCCGGCCAUUGGAGCGGGGAAGCUCCCGACUGCGAAUACGUGGACUGCGGCCCGCUUACCCCCAUACCUUUUGGAUCACACAGAUACCUACAGAACACGACCUUCCUCGGAUCGGAGGUCCUGUACUCGUGUGCGAACUCGCACCGACUGAGCGGUAGUCCCAAGCGGAUCUGCCUGGAGAGUGGCUUGUGGAGCGAUGCGGCGCCACGCUGCGAGGAGAUCCGUUGCCCGGAACCGACAUUCGCUCCGCAUAGCAUUCUCAGCGUCACAGGAAACGAUCGGAUGUACGGCCGGACGUUGAUCCGAACGUCAGAUGUGGCAGCGAACAGCGUGCAGACGUACAAGAUCGGUGCGCUGGCCAAAUAUAGAUGCGAACGAGGUUACAAGAUCGUUGGCGAACCGUUGAUCACCUGCGAGGAGAACGGGCUCUGGAGCGGGGAGAUUCCCGAGUGUGUCUACGUUGACUGCCAAGCGCCGCCAUCGACCCAACACGGACGGGUCACGUUGGCCACGAAUGCCACGUAUUACGGAGCGGCAGCACUGUACGAGUGCGACGCCAACUUCAAACUGGACGGAGUGUCCCGGCGGUUAUGCAUGGAGGACGGAAGCUGGAGUCACGAAUCGCCGGCCUGUGUGGAGAUCACCUGUGAUGAGCCGAAUCUGAGCGACAAUUUGGUGGUGGAUUUGGGUAGCCGGAAAGUCGGAACGUCGGCCAAGUUCAGCUGCGCCAAGGGUAGGUAUAUGGUCGGCAACGGAACGAGAACGUGCCAGAAUACGGGCGUGUGGUCCGGACGGAAUCCGGUGUGCAAGUUGAUCGACUGUGGUCGGCCGGCGGACAUCGAGAAUGGAAGGGUGAUCGUAGUCAACGAUUCCACCGUGUACGGUGGAUCGGCUGAGUACCACUGCGUUCCGCACUACAACCGCAUCGGGCCGUACCUGAGGAAGUGCAUGGAUGAUGGCAAAUGGAGCGGCGAAGAGCCACGUUGCGAAUUGAUCGUCAACGACGCCCAAGAAACGAACAGCCUCGGAACAGGAAUCGCCAUCGGUGCCGCCAUCAUCGUCAUCCUGCUCAUCCUGAUCGGCGUUCUAUUCCUACACCGGAACAAAGCCCGCCCAGUCAAGAACACCGAGAACGUCCAAGCUGCGGAGCACAAGGACGAACAAAACGCAGCCGUCAUGUCAUAUUCCUCGCUGGAAAACGGCCGCCAUAACUUCGACCUGCCAAAUCGGGGCAACCUGGUGACGUUCAACACGUUCCAGGGGGCGGCCAACGGUGGAACCAAUCCGCCACCGCCCAGUCGCCUAAACGGAAACGGAACGAACCUUAGCGUAAGCAAUAACAAUAGCAUUAGCAGUAGGCACAUGAACGGCGGCGGCGAGAACAUCUACGACCAAAUACCCAGCGAACAGUUCUACGACGCUCCGUACGAGAUGCGCAGCAACGAGGAGGUGUACGAACCGGAACCGACUGCCCGAGGGAACGUCAUCACCAUUAACGGGGUGAGCGUGCGAUGAUCAGACAAGUUCCGCGUUCCGCCGGAAAUCGCCUUUUUACCUAUUAAUCAUAGUUUAGCUGAUAUGGUUAUUUAGUUUGUAUGCGCGCACCAACACCCGAAAUCCGACCGGGAAAAGAACCGAAGAUGAGAGAGACUUAAGCUUACCACAAGCGGAGUGUUCGAAGUCAAAGAAUCGAAAUUUUAAGAAGAAAAUAUACAUCGAGUAUACUAAUUUAUUUAGGCCUUUUACCGCGACAACUUCCUGCCGAGUCUGCGUCCGCCUCCCGGCGGACAGCGGAGCGAAUGCUUCUUUUUAUGUAAAUAUUUCCGCUUCCUUAGAAUGCUACACUAAAAUACGCGAAAUUUUAUUGGACGUCCACUACAACUGGCAGCGAAUAGGAAAUUGUGUAACAAAACAAUACUCUUGGAAAGAGCUUCUUUUAGUACUUUGUACAUAGUAAAGUAUAACAAUAAAAAACCAUAAAUUACCGAAA